AUGGCGUCCCACCACGUUGACCGUUCGGACCUAGUUCCAGGAACGGUCCAUCUAGUGGAUGUUGCUGGCGAGGCAGCAAAUUCGAAACGUGAAAAAGACAUUGUGCUCGUACCUCGGCCGAGUGCGGACCCUGAAGAUCCUUUGAAUUGGACUCGCCGGCGGAAACUGUUACAUAUGGCUAUGCUUUUUAUCUAUACCCUCGGCGUCGGUAUUCCAACGACUCUACAGUACAGUGUGCUAGCGGAUAUUACACGAGAUACCGGAAUUACUACCGCCCAAUUGGUCAAUGGCACCGGUCUCAUGUUCUUGUUCCUGGGGUGGGGCUGUCUUUUCUGGCAACCUCUUGCUAUCACAUACGGCCGACGAGGUAUUUACGUCAUCUCCUGCAUGCUCUGCGUUCCGUUGAUCGUCUGGACUUCCUACUCGAAAACCUAUGGAGAAUGGUAUGCGCAUCGGAUCAUUUUGGGUUUUGUUGCGUCUCCAAUCGAGUCGCUUCCUGAAGUAUCAAUUCCUGAUGUUUUCUUUGCCCAUGAACGUGGACGAUGGAUGGGCGGCUACGUCUUAUUUUUAUUCGGUUCAAACUUCAUCGCACCCCUUGUCGCAGGGUGGUUCAAUGACGCUUAUGGAUGGCGAUGGGUUAUGCAUUUUGGAGCCAUGAUCGGUGCCGUGGCAACAGUGAUCAUCUUCUUCUUCAUGGAAGAAACGUUGUACUUUCGGCCUACUGUUGAGGGCGAAGAACUAGAAAUCACGUCGAAUGAGUCAGAAAAGAGAGAGUCCAAAGAGAAACAGGAUCUCCAGACGACAAACACUUCAGAGAACGGGGUGGAAUUUUUAGCCCCCCGAACAUACCUCCAGAAAUUGAAGCUAUUCGUCUUUUUACAAGGUCGCCCAAGCAAGAAGCAAAUGCUUACGAUGAUGUACCGACCCUUGUUGAUUAUCCUCUAUUUCCCUUGCACGUCGUGGGCCGGUUUCCUUUAUGGUAUCAACUUAUCUUGGUACAACGUACUCAACGCCACUGCCUCCCCGAUCCUUUCUGCCGCUCCAUACAAUUGGAGUGCAGCUCUUGUGGGUUCUGCUUAUACGGCUCCUCUUAUUGGCGCAAUCUGCGCGUGCGCCUGGUCAGGAAUUGUUGCUGAUAAAUUUGCGAUCUUCCUUGCUCGCCGUAAUAAGGGCGUUCGAGAGCCGGAGCAUCGUUUAUGGCCGCUCGUCGUUUCAGGCCUGAUUUCCACCGCAGGACUAAUUCUCUGGGGUGUUGGUGCUUCAUUCGGGAUCCACUGGGUGGGUUUGAUCUUUGGUCUUGGUAUGCUUGCUUUUGGCUGCAUCACGGGUGGCUCCAUCGCGAUCUCGUAUUGUAUCGACUGCUUCAAGGAACUCAGUGGCGAAUCGAUGGUGUCCGUGAUUAUUAUCCGCAAUACCCUUGGCUUUGCAUUUAGUUACGCCAUCACGCCCUGGAUUGAAGCGCAAGGUCUGCGAAACUGUUUUAUUACCGUCGGCAUGGUUUCGUUGGUCACAACAGCAACGUUCCUUAUCAUGACCGUAUUCGGGAAGAGGUUGAGGCGGUUUUCCAGGGACAAGUACUGGGAGUAUGUGGCUACGAGUGUGGCGGGGGCCAUAUAG